UCAUUUUCGGGCGCCGUUUCGAAGAGCGAAGGCCACGCUUUGGAUUGGCUGAAGGGACUGAAGUGGUCCUCAUGCAAUGGCUGUGUGAUCGAAGGACAAAGGGAAGAAAGGCAACGUCAUGAUGGCUGUGCAGCUGGUAUCCCGUCACUUCCUAGAAGUUUUCGGUCCUUGGGUAUCUACUCAUUCCAGAUUCUCUUCCAUUUCAAAGAACUGCUUACUACUCAGGUUUCUGGGAUUAAGAACUUUCAGCUCCUCUCCAACACUUUGCAAAUUACAUAACAGAGACUUAGGAAAGGAACUACCUGCCAACUCCUCUGAAGCCAUUCUGAAACAGGAGCCUGAUGAUGAUGAUGGUGGUGAUGAUGAUGAUGAAGGCGGCUUUGGAACACUGUCCCAAAAAUUCUCGAAUAGACGGUUUUUCCGAAAAGCAACACCAGAAUUCUACAACUUACAGCUCCAAAUGCAGGGAAAGGAAGAGGAUGAGCCGCAACCGAAACCCCGCCACGGUCCCAAGAAUACUCCAUAUUGGUAUUUCUUGCAAUGCAAGGCUCUGAUAAAGAACAAUAAGUUGAAAGAAGCCCUGGAUCUGUUUGAGACACAGAUGCUGAAGGAAGAGCGUGUCUUCCCAGAAGAGAGCAACUACACCGUGCUGAUUGGUGGCUGCGGCAGGGUGGGAUACCUGAAGAAGGCCUUCAAGCUCUACAACGAUAUGAAAAAGCGAGACUUGCAGCCCUCGGAUGCCACAUACACGGCCCUGUUCAAUGCCUGUGCGGAGUCGCCCUGGAAGGAUACGGGCCUUCAGGCGGCCCUGAAGUUACGGCAGCAACUGCUGAGCAAGAACGUUGAGCUGAGCCUCAUCACCUACCAUGCCCUCCUGAAAGCCUGUGCCCUCUGCUCGGAUCUCCAGAUGUGCUUUGAGAUCUUGAAGGAGAUAGUCCAUAAAGGCCACCAGAUUACCACGGAUACUUUCAAUUUCCUCCUCAUGGGAUGCAUCAAAGACAAAGAGAAUGGGUUCCGGUAUGCCUUGCAGGUCUGGCAGCAGAUGAGAAAACUGAGCCUCAAACCCGACAGCUACAGCUACAAUUUGAUGCUGAGCGCGGCCAGGGAGUGCGGCCUUGGGGAUCCCGGCGUGGCUUCUGAUCUGUUGCUAAGACCUUCAGGGGAAGGCUCCGCCAUUCCACGGCUGGGGGAUGGUGGGAGGAAAAAGAGAAAGGGCCAGAGAGGAAAAGCAGCAGCAGAACCUGGACUUUGUACACCGUUGGAUGUAGAAAUACUGGAGAAAUCCAUCUUCCCAAGAGAGAGUAGGAAGGCAGAGGAGGAAAACACAGCUGCGGAGGCCAGACGUGCCUCAAAUCCAACAGAUGCAACGAAAUCCAAGGAAUUGAUGUUAUGUGAAAAGAGUUGUUUGUCUCCAAGCAUGACGGAAGCAGAUGCAGAGGAUGCAUUGCAUCUUCCCAACCUACUAGAUUUACAGACCAUAAAUAAAAAUGUGGUUUCCUUGGGAACUGUGGCCACGGCCUCCGACAGGCUCGCUUUGAUGGGAAACAUGGAGGGCUUCUUACAGAAAAUGAAGAGCGACGGGGCGGAACCCAACAUCAAGACGUACACGCUGCUGGCCGAAGUGGUCCAGCCCGGGAGCCCCUCGGAAGCGUCCUUAUUGGCAGCGAUGGAGGAGGACAACGUGAAAGCUGACAUCACUUUUUUUAAUACCUUGAUCAGGAAGAAGAGCAAAACAGCAGAUCUGGAAGAAGCAAAGAGCUUAAUGCCAAUGCUGCGGAAGAAAGGACUGUCGCCCAAUUUGCAGACUUUUUGUAACUUGGCCAUCGCCUGCCGGAAGCAGAAGGAUGGACUGCAGUUACUUUCAGAUAUGAAGCAAUCUGCCCAAAAUCCCAAUGUGCACAUCUACAGUACCUUGAUCAACGCUGCCGUGAAGAGACUGGACUAUGCCUACCUGAUAGAGAUCCUAAAGGAUAUGAGGAACACCCAAGUCCCUCCAAACGAAGUGGUCAUCCGCCAAUUGGAGUUCGCAGCCCAGUAUCCACCGCACUUUGAUCGGUACAAAACAAAGGACCCGUAUCUGGAGAGAAUUGAUGGCUUUCGGGCCUACUACUUCCGCUGGCUCAAGUGGAUGGAAGCAGAAGAAACGCCGCACCCGUGGGCCAAAUACAGAACGCCAAAGCAGCCGGAAAUGAAAGACGAUUCCGACGAUGGCCAAAAGCACAGGGGUGAAAUGGGACAGUAGAAUAAACACAGAUGUUGAUACUGUA